UAAAACAAAGAAGACGACACCGUAAUCCAGAGCCGCAACAAAAAGUUAUGGCAUUUCGUAGACUCUGAAAAAGGGGAAACGAAUACCUCGAAAUUAGCAAUUAUUUAGCCAUUUAUUAGAUUCAAUUUAAAUCGAACCAGGCCCUCUCUCUUCUAAUACCAAUUUCUCUCAGUUUUCAGUUGCAUUGAAAUGGAACUCGCUUUCCACCCGACUCAUAGUAAUCCUCUGCGUCUCUGUUAUAAAAGAUCGAGUGUUCAUGCUUUAUCUUCUUCUUCGCUGCUGUAUUUUUCGCUUCUACAUGGCGACAUUUUCUUCUUCCUUUUCUGGUGUGGGGUGAGUGGAGGGAUAUGUCCGUAUCGUGAUGCCUUGUUUAAUGAAUUCGAAGAGAUUGUUUAUUUUUGCAUCAGUAUGGAGGGCAUCAUGAUUAUUGGGCUGCAUGUUGGAUCCUCUCCAGUUAAGCGAGCAAUUAUGAGAAGUACAAAUAAUUCUGCUUUUAGUGGCUCUUUAUGCAUUCCAAGGAAGCUUGUGGCAGUACCAUGGGCAGAGGAGCUCAACUGGCCACAUUUUGACUCUAAACUGCAUAAAAGAAAUAAGCUGCCAAGAAAAACAGUUGUAAGAUCUGAACUUGUGGGGAAUGCAAAUCCUGAAUCUGCCCACCCCUUAUCAGAUAUAAAAUUAGGGGCAAAAGUUAGGGGAAUAUGCUUUUAUGCUGUCACUGCAAUUGCUGCGAUUUUUCUGUUUGUGCUGAUGUUGGUACAACACCCUUUUGUGCUCUUGUUGGAUCGAUAUCGAAGAAAAACCCAAUUUUUCAUUGCCAAGAUUUGGGCCAUGAUAACUGUUGCUCCAUUUUUUAAAAUUGAGUUUGAAGGACUGGAGAAUCUACCUUCUCCAGAUGCUCCUGCUGUGUAUGUCUCAAACCACCAGAGUUUUCUAGAUAUAUAUACGCUUCUCACUCUUGGUAGAAGCUUUAAGUUCAUCAGCAAGACCGGGAUAUUUCUAUUUCCCAUUAUCGGGUGGGCCAUGUUUAUGCUGGGUGUCAUUCCUUUGAAGCGCAUGGAUAGCAGAAGCCAGUUGGAAUGUCUUAAACGAUGCAUAGAACUAGUAAAGAAGGGGACCUCUGUAUUUUUCUUCCCAGAGGGAACACGGAGUAAAGAUGGGAAAUUAGGUAUUUUCAAGAAAGGUGCAUUCUCAGUUGCAGCAAAAACUAAGGUGCCUGUAGUCCCAAUUACUCUCAUGGGGACUGGAAAAAUCAUGCCUGCCGGAAUGGAGAGCAUCUUGAAUUUAGGGUCUGUUAAAGUUGUUAUUCAUAAGCCGGUAGAAGGAAGCAAUCCUGAAGUUCUGUGCAAUGAAGUUAGAAAUACAAUUGCAAGUGUGCUUAAUCAACAAAGUUGAGAAAUCGUGUACUAUACACUUCAGUUAAUUAAAUUGAUGUUAUGAAGUGCUCGGGCUUCCUUGAAUGCGAAAAAUUAUACAAGGUCGCUGAAGCUUUUCUGAAGGUUGGAAACUUUUGCUGCUUGUGCAUUUCGGUUCUGAGGCAGCUGUUAUUGAAUGAAAUGCAAGACAUUUUUGAUAUCUUCCGUCAUGCUGGCCCUGGCUCUUCCUGGAAUUGGUCAUGAUUUGCAGAACAUAGAAUCAAUCCCAAGCCACUUUCUGGCUUUCCCAGAUUAUGUCAUGCGGGUGAAUCCGAUCACUAAUGACACAUCAGUCCGUGGUGGGUAAUGGAAUUAUAUGCAUGAGCUGGAUUGUGCAUUUUUAUCACAUUACCAAAUGUCCAUCUGAGUUGACUAUGGAAUUUUGAUGUCUACAAUGUCUUUAACCUGUUGAGUUUCUUUCUUCUUUGUUUUCCCCUUAUAUACCAGAGAAGUCAUUCUUUUCCUUUUUUUUUUUUUUUUCUUUUAUCAAUUCAGAGUGGCCAUUGAAAAGGAAAUGUUUUGAACAUUUGAAUGCAGAGUUAUUUUGAAUCAGAUGGGAAUUUGAAAGAGGAUUAAAAUACA